AAACGAACAUGACGGGAACUCAGUGUGAGGUUCUUAGUUAUUCCGUGAAGAUCCUCAUUUCGACUUCAACAUGGGCAAACCUAUUAUUUAUGGAAUAGAUGGAAGUCCUGCGGUUCGUGCAGUUCUACUCACAGCCCAUGCCAUCGGUUUGGACUAUGAAUUACAUGAAAUCGACCCUCACAAAAGUGAACAGAAAACGGAAGAGUUUAUAAGAAAGAAUCCACAACACACCAUCCCCACCCUUGAAGAUGAUGGAAAAUGCAUUUGGGACAGUCAUGCAAUCAUCACAUACCUCGUCAGCAAAUAUUCAAAGGACGAUUCCUUGUAUCCUAAGGAUUUAUAUAAACGCGCAGUAGUGGACCAGAGGCUUCAUUUUGAAAGUAGUGUUUUAAGUCCUCGAAUGAUUGCUUUUGGGGCUUCCUGGAAAAGCAACGAUCCGCAGAAUAAAGAGAAUGCUAAAACCGCCAUAAACGAAGCUUUUGAGUUCCUCGAGAAAUUCAUUGGCAGCAACCAAUACCUGGCUGGAGCCUCCCUCACUGUUGCAGACUUUUCAAUUUUGGCUACCUUCUCAACUAUAAAUCACUACUUACCUGCCGACCCAGAAAAGUUCCCAGGACUAUGUAACUGGUUUGGUAGGAUGACCAAGCUUCCUUACUACCAGAAAGCAAACGGCGAGGGCCUGCAGAAAGUUAUUGAAUAUGUUAAUGAGAUGAAGUCCAAACAAAGUGCAAAAUGAUUCUUAAAUUUUAGGCAGCAAGUGUGUGGAUUAUAGUGUAGAAUGAAGUAUAAUAAAAC